CUUAAAGAGGACCCAUACAUAGUCUAAAAGAACAGUGUUUAAGAUUUAAGAUGUUAACGUCUUAACUCUUAACAACACCAUUUUUAUAAAUAUUUUUUCUUCUAUUUUAAAGUAAUGAAUUCAGAUAACUUAAAAAUCAUAUUAAAUUUCAAACUUGUUACUUUCAACACCCAAGGUAUGCUUCUUUUUAUCGCCAUCUCUUUCUAACUCUUUGUCCAACUCAUUUCUCUCUCUCCUCUGCAAAAACUAGCAAAGGUAGAUGAUGAGAAAGGAAUGAAAGGACUUGUACUUCAUGCUUCAAGAGUUGUAAUCUUCUUGAGAUCUUGAAAGUGAAAAGAGUAUACUUUUUUUUCACAGAUUUACAAUGCCAGUUCCUCUAGCUCCAUAUCCAACUCCUCCUGCGCCACUUACAACUCCUACCGUUGGAUCUCAAAGUCAGCUAGUGUGUUCAGGAUGUCGAAAUCUUCUCCUUUAUCCUGUUGGAGCAACUUCAGUAUGCUGUGCAGUUUGCAAUGCAGUCACCUCUGUUCCUCCUCCUGGCACUGAAAUGGCUCAGUUGGUUUGUGGAGGCUGCCAUACAUUGCUCAUGUACAUCCGUGGUGCGACAAGUGUACAGUGUUCUUGCUGUCACACCAUCAAUUUAGCCUUAGAAGCAAAUCAAGUGGCACAUGUGAAUUGUGGAAACUGUAGGAUGCUUUUGAUGUAUCAAUAUGGGGCACGUUCAGUGAAAUGUGCAGUUUGUCAAUUUAUUACGUCUGUUGGGGCGUCAACAAGUGCUACAGAACAGAAGUUCAAUGUGUAACACUUGAAAUUUCAUAUUAAAUGGUGACCCAAGAAUCUACGUAUUAUUACAUAUAUGUAUAAUGUAUAGAGUUACAUAUCUCCUCUUACGUGAGACUAUCAUCAUCUUUUUCAUAAAUAUUAUGGUGAUCAUAAAGAAUAAGAGUACGUAGAAUUGGAUAUACAAGAAUAUAUUUGAUUAUGAGAGGACAUUUAUUUAUAUGGCUGUAAGUUGGUGUUUGGUUUUUCAGAUAAUGAGAAGUUUUAUAUAUAUUGUUGA